AUGAGAGAAGUUUCUUCACUCGAGGUCAAAGGUGACACCUGCCUUAUAAAAACCUCCCUGGCUCAGGGCUCCUCACCAGUGUUGCUGCCUCCACACUUCUGUGCAUUGAGAGGUGAAUGUGAAGUUAGGGAGAUGACGAAACUGGAAGACCACCUGGAGGGAAUCAUCAACAUCUUCCACCAAUAUUCCAUUCGGCAGGGGCAUUAUGACACCCUCAACAAGCAUGAGCUGAAGAAGCUGAUCACAAAGGAACUUCCAAAUGCCCUCAAGAACACCAAAGACCAACCUUCCAUUGACAAAGUAUUCCAAGAGCUGGAUGCUGAUAAAGAUGCACAGGUCACCUUUGAGGAAUUCGUAGUCCUGGUGUCCAGGGUGCUGAAGACUGCACAUGAGGCUAUCCACCAAGAGUAG